UAGAAAAAUACAAUCAAACACCAAACUAGUAAAUAAAAAGGAGAGCAGCUAAAGCAUUCUAUCAUUGAAGCCAUGGCUAAAGGAGAUGUGAAGCUGUUUGGUGUAUGGUCGAGGCCUUUCAGUCUCAGAAUCAUUUUGGCAUUGAAACUGAAAGGAAUUGAAUUUGAAUACAUAGAAGAAGAUCUCUCCAACAAAAGCUCUCAGCUUCUUGAGUACAACCCAAUACACAAGAAGAUACCGGUCCUCGUCCACAACGGCAAACCGAUUGUCGAAUCGCUGGUCAUUCUUGAAUAUAUUGAUGAAAUUUGGAAAGACAAUCCCAUUUUGCCGGUCGACCCUUACGAAAGAGCUACGGCGCGGUUCCUAGCUAAAUUAGGAGACGAAAAGUGUCUAGAAGCCGUUUGGCGUGUUUUUAUAGCUGAUGGGAAGGAACAAGAAGAAGCAAUUCCUCCAGCCAUAGAGAGCCUAAAACCAUUAGAAGAGGCGCUCGACGGAAAGAAAUUUUUCGAUGGGGCGACGAUUGGAUUCACAGAUAUUUCACUCAGCUCGAUGGUGAACAUGGUCCGAGUCUUUGAAGAAAUCAUUAAUACGAGGAUAAUCAAUGAGGCAAAAUUUCCAUUUUUGUCAGCAUGGAUUGAGAAUUACUUGCAUUUUCCAAUCAUUCAAAACAACUUGCCUCGUCAUGAUAAAAUGGUUGAAAAAUUCCGCAGCCGUCGCCUAAGUUACGUGAAGCGAGUCUAAAACUGCAUAUGGGUGUCCAAGUUGAUAGAGUUCAUAUCCAUGUAAGGUAUGAAUCUGGAGUCAUGGCUAGCUUCUCUUCAGUGAGAAAGCAUUGAAGUUUAAUAACAGGUUUUCUCUUGAGAU